GUUAUUUGUGUCGCUAACUUCCUUAAAGCGCUCACAAAAUGUCCAUCGAAUUUCUUCAUUAUGUCGUCAUGGAAACCUUUAAAAUGCUAAUGUAUUUAACCUUUGUGCCAACCGAAGGAAAUAUCCCAACAGUUCGAACCUUUCAUGUACCCGCUCGUUUACGCUGAGAAGUUAUUUCCACAUCUUAUUGUAUUUUGCGUGAAAGAAGAGCUGUUCCUUAAUCGGACAUCAAAAGGAAAUUAUUUUCACAGCCAUCUAUCGACGACCUUAAAUACAACGUAGGUCAAACAUUCGCAAAAAUUGGUUUUAAACGAGCAAGAGUCCUUUUGACUUUACGAUAGUGAGGUGACAAGGUACUUUGAAUCUCUGAAUAAUUUCGCAGUCAUUCAGCGGGAGAAUAUUCGCGCGAAAGCUGAUUAAGAAGUGAGGAUGCUGCCUGAAGAGAAAGUGUUGUAUCCAUUUAUCGGCGAUUCGCUCGGACCAUGAGGAUUUUAACAGCAAUAUAGAGAGCAGAUGGGUACUGGUUGUUCGAAAUCGGUUGUUGUUAUUUCCAACACGAGCUGGAACCCCCACAACGCGCGACCCAGCCAAAGUUCUGCAUCGCAUACAUCAUCGACAAAAUGCUCAGGAUCCACCAUAAAAACUCUUGCGGAAGCCGCAAUGUAAGUAUCUUUAUCUUAUGAAAGACUGAAAUACAAUUACGCCAACUGCUUUCAGGUCGCUUUCAAAAGAAAAAUGUCGGUACUGUGAGAAGUUUUGACCAAGGAGCAACUGAUUUUCCCGACGAUGUGGACCAUAAACAAACGCAUCAGUUCCCUAUAAGUUGGCAAUCGCUUCUUUCCUGGAGUACCGAAUUCAUUUAUCUCUUUCUUUCGGCGACAAAUGCGAUUAUAUCCGCAAAUUCCUAGUUCAAGCAAGAACGAAGAAAAGUCUAAAAAUCAAUUUUUUAGAACAUUCGAACGGUUGUUAUGAAAAACAAAACCAUAAUCUCGAAUAUGACUGAGUCAGUCGGAGAAUUAUAGCUGUUACUCAAUAUAAAUUGUUUUUAGUGAGAAAUGAAGCAGAUGCUGAUUACGAAAAGGAAAACCUCCACAGGCAAAGGAGCAAAGCAGACAGAUAAACCAGCUAAUCGAUAUGAACUAAAAUUACCGACGAAAAAUUAAAAUAACGUAACUUUGCUUCGCGUUAAAUCUUCACCUGCUAAACGCAUUGUUAAGAAAUAACCUAUUUCUCUAUUGCAAUCUCGUUUCCUCUCUUCCACGCUAAUCAUGCCUUUUUUUCACUUCUGUAACGACUUCACCGAGUUCUUUAGUCCAAGAGUUUAAUAAUAAAUUUUGAAAGCAUAGAUAAAGAACUUUGAGAACAGCUAUACGUAUUUUCAGUUUUCAAUUGACACUUCAGUUCUUCAUCAGGCCAUUCAUAUGCGCAUAAUUUUCGGCGUUUCCUAGACGCUUGGAUGGAAAUGCACAUGUCUGACGAAUUGGCUCAAAAAAAUUCUGUUCAACUGUAAUUUUACGCUUGGGGAUAACAAUGAACCGAUGUUCUAACCUAUGAACGCGGCUAUAAUCUAAUAACUAAGGGCUGCAAGACCAUAAAUCUGCGAAAGAAAUUAUUUUUAUGAAGAUAGAAAGCUUUUGUCUCCCUGUACCGCUCACGAAACACGAAAGCAGGUGUGUAAACAAAAUAGGGUUGAAAUUCAUUCAGUGCAGCCGCCAGACUAUUGUUCUUUCGAGUCAGCAUUUGCUUCGUGUUGACACUUCUUCGUCGCCACAACGAGCCAAAAAAAUUACAUAAAGAGCGAAAAGCACCGAACAUUAUUUUUUGGUCAGCUUUAUAUCUUGAGACUGUGCAGUGAUUGUUAAAUCUGUAGAACGAAAAAAGCGUUUUGAUUUAGGGAUUUUCUUUAUCAUUAGAUUGACUUAAUCAUGCGCGGCUGAUAUUCAAGGAAAGAAAGAGAAAAAGUGGUCUUUUUUAAUUUUGCAGCUUAUCUAGUAUUAGGAUCAAAAGGCUAGGAAAAUGUUCUUUGAUGAUUGUGUACGUAAAUUGAAAUAUCAGCAUAAAUCUUGGCUAGUUUUCCGACAAGAUUUGAUGAGAGCGAAACGUUGAAGAAAUGAGAUGUGCUAAAGAAUAUUAAGUAAAUGAGAACUGACAAGAGAACGAUAAUAGUCCUGAAAUCUCGAAAAACUGAGUCGAAAAUUGACUGGACAUUUUGACAAAUUUCUGCGGUAAACCAUCUGGAAAAUAUGAGUGGGAUGAAAGCGAACGCGGUUUCCUAAUAUCUUAAUAAUCAUCACCUAGAGAUCAAAAUCUAUGUAAAAAGGGAGAAACGAAGAAAGACCUUUUUAUUUGUUCUGUUAAAAUAUAUUUCCAUUAAAACAUAUAUAUUCUUAGUUUUUCUCGUAAAGUCGAGCGAUUAGAGUGAUAAGAGGCUACUCAGAGACAUCCCUGGUCUUAUCAAAGGUUUGAUGUACGAACGCACAUGAUUUCUUAUACUCUCUCACAUUUGAUCAUCGUUCGUCCGCGACAAAAGACUGCCUCUACGACUCCAAUCUUAAGAUGAUGAAAAAAGAAAAAAAAUGGGUGUCUAUGUUUGAAAUAAUAUUUCUCUUCUUUUUCCAUGAAGUUUUCUGUCUCUUUUGGGGUGAGGGGUGGGGAAGAUAUUUCGCCGACAAUAAACGAAAGUAAUGAAUACAAAAUGCAUUAAAGCCAAGUUUUUAACUUGCGCCACCUGCAUUUCAUCCCAGAUAAGAACACCAACAAUGGUCCUAACAGUGGAAAUGUUGAAAGUUUACAAUUACAACACACCGUGAAAGAUUCUAAACAUGUUGUUCACUCAAAAUACAUUUUUAGCUUCUGAUUGAAUGGUGGCUGAAUUAUGCAAAUAAUAUUUUCAGGGUGGAGUGGGAGAGAAUGUUGAAGCUUACACUUUUUCGUGCCGUAGGAAAUGCUCAUCUACAGAAAUGGUAGUAAAUAUUAUUGUUUUACAUGUUGACAAAUCUGCUUCAAAGGAAAGUAACUGAAUGCUCAAACUUUACUUACGGGACCGUUCUUUCAGUUGGAGCCCAUUUAAGCUGAGCCGUUCUGAAGCCGAGGAGCUUCUGUCUCAAGCGGAGCCUGGUGCCUUUGUAUUUUCCCAUGACAUGACGUCAGAGUUAUUUCUCUCGAUAUGGUGAGGGUAUUUUAUGGCUUUACUUCUUGAUCUUGUUUUACCUCCUAAGAGUCUCCUGGCUCAUUGAUGGCGGGACUUUUACCAGUCUCAAUGUCAUAAUACGAGUAAGAGUUUCUAGUUGGUUUACACCUCCAGCAGAUGGGAUGCCAGAACAUCACAAGUUGCCCGGCACUAGUUAGUUGACUGAUACCCUGAGGAAAGUGAGGCAUUACUAGAGAAAAUUUUCCUGUCUAACGAUAAUGACAAAAGCGUCUUAACACCACAACACAAAAAAGACUUACAAAUCACUUGUCCUACCUAAAAUGGGUUAGUUUUACUUAGAAUACCCCCUCAAAACCACAGUUUCUUUCAAAUGCCGCACAAAACUCGUAUAAAUUCAAGAGUGCACAGUAAAAAUUAACGAUCGUGUCAUAUGAUGAUGCAGGAAUUUAAAUUCAAUUGUAAUCCUUCGGUCGUAUUUAAAUUUCAUGCAGGAAAUAAAUUGGAUCUGAUGUCACUAAAGAAACUUUCACCAAAAUGCUUCUUUAGCACUUCGAUUACAACUCCCCAUAAAGCUAAAAAUUUAGCUUUUAAGCAAGCUCUCGAACUAGUUUUUUACUAAUAACUAAAAAGUUCCCUUAGUCUUAUUUGCUCAAAUAAUUUUUAACCCUCUCAUCACAAAUUCUUUUGGCCAUUGUGCACCGAUGGCAAGGCGGGGUGUGAGAGGAGAAGGAGUGGUGGGCAAAACAAGGUGUCAACCUAAAAUAAGGAAAUUUUGGUGUCCUUUAUUCUUAUGCUUAGAUGAAUUCCUUUCUCACGCCCACUAACGGGAAGGUUUCUGAAAUGAAAAACUUUCUAACCUUGUUUUCUGCAGCGCGGGAAAAUACGUUUGCCAUCAUGCCGUGUUAACACGUGACCAAGGUUACUACGUUGGCGCAAGACGCUUUACGACAAUCGGAGCUGUAGUUGAUUAUUUUAAAGACCACCCUUUAGGAGAAACCACUUUAAAACAAGAGGUAAUGUGCUAAAAGAAGAUUCACUCCAAGGGCUAAAGAAUCGUUCAUGAAACGUAUUGCAUACGCCUAAACGACAUAGAGUGUAUUGUCGUGUAUUAUUUCAUUAUGCAAUGUCAAGAAAAUUUCGGAACUCUCUAUUGGCUAUAUUAGCGGCAAAGUUGUCUAUAAUUCUCAGUGAAAUACUUUUCACAUCCGACUUGCGGAUUCAAAAUCAAAUAAAGCCAUGAACUGCAGGAAAAAAAAGCCUGAAAGAAGUUGUGAAUUCGAGGGAAUUUGAACCAGUGCCUCCCAGAUACUAUGGUAAUCAACUGAGUUGAUAACGUAAAAUGGCCCCCGUAAAAGAGUUUCAAAGCUGAUGUUUCAAGCGUUAGGGCGAAUUCGCUCAGAAUUCGUCAGAGCGUUCGCUCUGAUGAAGGGCUAACGCUCGAAACGUCGGCAUUGAAACUCAACUCAGUUUAUAAUACUAAAUUACCCUGUUAUACUCUCCCAUCGACAAAAACUUCAGAAACUUACGCCACUCAGAUACUAGUUGGGCAAUACUACCCCUAAUACUGCCCCUAAGACGUAUUUUCCUCUGUGUUCUAGUUUAGGGCACUCAACCCAAGGAUUACUUCUCAAGUACAAGUCAAACAGCAUCCUGAUUUCACUAUCUCUUGUCCGGCACAAAUUUCUACAAAUGGCCACCCUGCUGGUCAAUUUCAAUGUGAUCAGUCGCUUUCCAUUCUCCAAACGUCUGUCGGUAGUAAGACUAACCAAUCACAAUCUCCUAAGAUUACGUUGACGUCACAUCUCUCAGGGGAAGAAAAGACUCCUUCAGACGACGAUGGUCAGGUGCUGGUUACCAUGAAUACUGAUGGGCAACAACCUCCGAGAUGCGCUACUUGGAACGAUACACUAACAAAAAAACAGCUAACAAGAAGUAUGGCAAUUGAAAGGACUGACUCCUCGGGAGGUAGAUAUCGCGCUUAUUUACAUUGAUACGAGACGAAAAUUAAAACUUAGGAAAUAUGACAAGUCGCAAGCUUUCAGCUAGCUGAAAAAUAUAUUCAAGAAACGUUAAGGGUAACUAUUCGUUCAUUGCAGAAGUUGAUUUGGUCCGGAAAAAACGGGAAAAAUUUCUCAGCAUCUUUGGUGGUUCGAACAUCAACAAUUAAAUGUUGUGUAAAUAUGAAUUAAAGGUAAUGUCAAGCAAAUAUUUAAUUGGAAAACCCAUACCACUUAGGAUGAGGGAAAAACUGAACACACCAGCAUAGCGAAAUCAUUUCGAGAAGAUUAAAUACGAUACCAAAGCCUUUCAAAAAAUAAAUUCAAACAACUGUAUUCAAUUGUUUUUUAACGGACAAUAUAUUCAUAUUUUCAACAGAAAUUCAAGAAACAGCUCUUUCACCAUUGUUACCUACAAGAAGUUCAGUGGUAAAAUGAGGAAUGGCUCAUUUUAUCAGUUUCUUGUUAGUCACAUUCGUUCGAAAAACUGAUUAUGGAGUUUUCUUGAACCGAGCUUCGGUUAAAGAGAAGCCUACAAGAUGAAAAUGGCUCACCCUCUCACAGUCUGGACACGUUUUUUGGCAGUCCUUCGUUUAGAGGUCUCUAAUCAUUACAGAUCGUUAUGGAAGGGAAAUAGAGAAAGACAAUCCAAUUCUCGGAGCGAGAGAGACAUGAAAAUGUUCCCCGGGUUUGUUCAUAUGAUAUUUUUAGCAUGACUACGAUUAGUCAAGGACAUGCACACGAACCUAUAUGGUGCGUCACCUUUAAUAACCUCCAAAGUGAAAAAAAUUGAGUAUUUCUGGUCCUCCGAGGCUUGUUCCUUUUUAGCUCUAGGAUAAAUAACUUUUAAAAGAACAAAGCUUUCAAUCUAACACCGUUAACGUUGUUGCCGUGCUUUAUUCGCGCAUGCAAGUUUUUUUGUCUUGCUUUGUGACUGAAAAAAAAGCUAACCAAUUGAAACUGAUUUUCUAUAUACAGUAAUGUUACAAAUAAAUAGAAAGAAAAAAUAUUUUGACAUGUUGAUGUACUUGAAAAAGAAAAGAUGAAUUGAUC